CGACUCUGGACGAGUUGCCCAGUCUGCUGCCAUGCUGCAUCGGCUCGUGUCCUUCGCUGCACUCGUCGCAGGGUUCGGGGGGCGGCAAGCAGUUGCCAAAACGUACCGGUUGACGAGCAGUGCUUUGCAAACGUCGACGAGUGUCGGGACGUUUCCAGUGCUACCGCCAGUGCUCGUACAGGGCGAGACACUGUCGUCGCUCGUGGUGUCGCUGCCGACGUCCGCGACGAUAUCGGUGGUGGCCAACGUGGAUGCGAACCAUUGGUUUAUGUUUUCGCCGUCGACAUUGGUGGGAGGGGCGCAAACGCUGUCGCUGGCCAUCCAGGGCGGCGGCACCGCCACCGGCGAGUACACGAUUCAAUACGUGUCCACCUCGACCAACGAAACGCUGUAUGCCUCGCAAAUCACUGUCGUGCCCCCGCCCGUGGCGUACGCGGUGCACGAGCCUGCGUGGACCGGGACAACUCUGGCGUCGGAUACGUUUGACACGUUGCCAUUCGGAGCAAUUCCAAACGCUACGACGUCGUUCUGGCAACAAGUGGACCACGGCUUUGCCAGCGAUGCAUGUGGCAAGAGUGGAACCAUAGGCAACGCGUUGUACUUUACACACCUCGGCAAGCGCGCGGCGGCGACGACUCCCUUUGAUUUGAAAGGCAUCGACGCGCAGCUCUCGUUCGCAUACAUCUACGGCCAUCGCGCCAAUCCCACGUACGACGCGUGGGGAAACAACACGUUGUCGUGCGAGCUUGUCCAGGCUGGCGCCGAAGUUGCCGUCGAAAUGAGUAUCGACAACGCAACGACGUGGCAGCCCCUCGUGGUGCUGGCACUGCCCCCGACGCCAACCUCAACGAUGCAAACGACGUCGCUGCCGCUAACAUCGCCGUCGUCGGUGUCCAUGUCCGGGGCGACCGCGGCUGGCAGCGUCACGAGCUCCUUUCGGUGGAUCCAGCACACCCACACGAGCACCCGCGUCGGGUCCAUUCAAGGAACUCGGUACCAAUGGCAAUAUCGCAACCUCUUUGACCAGUGGGCCAUCGACAACGUCCUGUUGACUGCUCGUAUCCAGCAACCGAAAUUGGCGGCAGCUUCUCCAACAUUUGGCCGCGAUUCCCUGACCGUUCAAGUGGUGACUACGGCCACGAGAGGGAUCGUAUUGGCAUUUGUCGGCGACGGCACGCAUCCAUUUCCCGUGUGCAAUGACACUGCAUUCGCGGCAGGACCGUCGAACGCAACCGUGUCGCUGCGCACGACAGGAUUCAUCCACGCUGUGGCGUGUUGGCGAGGCGGCCAAAGCUACGGCUAUCGGUCGCCGCGUCUGUCCAUCCAAAGCCUUCCGCCAACCUUUCAAGUACAUUCGUCGGGAAGUCAAUCGUACGUCGUCACGGUGACCAUGCCACGGGCCAACAUGCAGCUCUGGUUUACGUUUGGAACGGGCGACGAAGCCCCCAGUUGUACGUUCGGAUCGUUCUUGAACGUAGCAGGCUCUACGGCGACGAUGACGAUCGGCAGCAAUGGUGUGUUGAGGGCGCUCGCGUGUGGACCUGGCGUUGUGGGCAGUGAGAUUGUGAUGCUCCCUCCGUUUGUCGUGCAGCCCAAGGCACCGACCAUUGCUCUCGUCGAUGCUGUCCCGAUCACAACCACUGCUCAAUUCAACGUUUCCAUCACCGCCGAUGACGCGGCAGAUUCGACAGUCCUGGCACGACUUUUGCUCCCGACUGACACAGACACCACGCCCCCCUCUUGCCGAGAUGCCGCCCCUGCCUCGGUCGGAACAGCGUUCGUUACGUUGCGGCCACAUGAACGAGUUGUCGGGGUCGCGUGCUGUGGUUCAACCUAUUGCAACGACAGUGCUCCCGUCGUGUAUGGCCCUGUCGACGCGAGUUGUGCCAGGCCGACUCUAGCCACUCGAUGCAGCACGACUGCCAUGCGGACCAUUGUGGCUACACUCACGCCAGGAACGAGCGGUGGAAUUGUCAAGUACGCCACGUCUGCGUCGGAUGCGCUGACGUGCUCGGACGCCUGGCCAACGUACACCGCUCCGCUCGAGCUGUCGCCGGCGACGAUGGCUGCGACAACGGUGGUCGUGAAGGCUCUUACGUGUGUCGACGGAUUGAAAGCCAGCGACUCCCUUGUGACAACGGUUGCCGUAGACAUGUGCUGUGCGGGCGCGCUGACUUUCCCGUCAUCGUUGCCCGACCAACCCUGCAGCCACGUGCUCCUCUUCCGCGACGAUUUUGCUGCAUGUAACAUCACGAAAUGGACAAAGCACACGACCCAGUAUGGCGGCGACAACAUUAACGGUGGCGUCCACAGCGACAACGUGCAGUGCCUGGCCAACUCGGCCGAUUUCAGCGGGGCGUCGACACUGGCGCUCAUCGUGAAUGGCGAUCGAUAUCCUGGAACGGCUCCCGUUGGCGUGAGGGUGCAGUCGGAUGGCUCUGUCACUGCCAGAUUGCCCACAACGCCCCUGAAUGGGUGGGCAUUGCCUGGUGUCCGCUCGUUUCCAUGUCCGAUCGGGACGGUCACGUGCGCGGCGCGGCGAGUCGGCGCCGCGAUCUCCACCGUCGACGCAUGGAACGCAGGCGUCGCAACCUUCCAGCUCAAGUCGUGCUCGGCGUUCGGCGUGGCGACAGAAGUUUGGGCGCUCGACAUCCUUGGCAUUCAAUCGGCCGUGGCGGCGCCAUCGACGCUUCCAUUUGCAGACCUGUGGCGCGCUGCACUCGAGCAAGCCCGCACGUCGCCAAUUUUGCACUUUUCCCAUGGAAGCGCCAUCACGGACAACCGCGUCCACACGUUUGUCUUGCAGUGGAAUCGAAUCGAAGGGCGUGCAAAUGUAUACCGUGACGGCCAGCUCAUUCGAAAGCUGCGGUCGCUGCCGUCAAGCCCCGACGCGACGCCAUUAACGUUUCACGCGUAUGUGCCGAAUGCGUGGGCGGGCGAGCCACGGUUUACUUCGUGCUCGACCCAGAUUGCCAACGUCCAAGUCGUCAACGUCGAAACAGCCGCGAAUCGAUGGUGUGACUGGGAAAACGAGGCGCCUGUUUCAUGCACCAGCGACGCCGCGUGCACGCAAUGGAUGGCUGGCGCGUGCUUGAUGCCGGUGGCGUCGGCGGUGUGUGUGAACAAGGCGUGUGCGUUUGCACUACACCCUCAGUUUGCGUCCCCAGCGGUCCAGGCGGCGACGGCAUAUCGCUCCACGUGAUGGGGGGCGGCAUCUAGUACGCAGAGGGCGGUGGAAAUCACAUGAAUACGACCAUGUU